UGGAGUUGUAGUUGUUUCAAAAUUAAUGCAAACUCCACCCACCCAGCCCCUGGGAAAGCUUAAACUAACAAACUCAAUGUCUGGGCGCUCUUGUCGAGUAUCUCAGACUAUGUCAUGUUAUUUGAAGAUGAUUUAGUGGAACCAGUUGGAUUAUUGUAUGGACUGUAGGCUACAAUGCUGUUUUCUCAAAGAAAAAAACUGAAGGUGACGCUGCUGCAUCUCUUCGUACUCUGCUCAGCCCAGCAUUCAGCUCAACCUGAGACUCAGCAGGUUAAUGGCCUCGUGGGAAUGGUUUUCUAUUUUCCAGAAAGGGUGUUGAACUCUGGCAAUUUACUUAAUCAAGAUCUUGGCACUAUUGCACAGGUGCACCCUGGUAAACAAAGUAAUACCAACCUUGAGAAGAGAUAUAAAAACCGCCUUCACUGGAACAAUGUUACUGGAGUCUUCACUUUGUCAGACCUACAAAUAGAUGAUUCUGGGGUUUAUACUGUGGAGAAUACAGAUGGAGAUGAAGGGAAGACGACACAUAUAUUUCAGCUUACUGUGUACUAUGUUCUGUCCAAACCUCAGGUGACAGUCCAUGAUAACAUCUCCUGUAGCGUGGUGUGUUCUGUGGAGAACGGGAGAGAGGUGACCCUGUCCUGGUACAAAGGAGGGGAGAUAAUCAACCAGACCAGCAGCCCUGACCACAUCACCCUUUCUAUACCUCUCAAGGUGGAUGAACAGAACAGAGACUCUUACAGAUGUGAGGCUGCCAACCCAGUCAGCAAGGAGACAGCUGUUGUUCCACAUUCCUGUAUAGAGAGUGAUCCCUUCAAGGUGACAGAUGGUGAUGAGAGGACUCAGGGUCGUCUUAUUAUUGCUGUAAUCUGCGUUUUGGUUGUGUCAGGACUUGUUGGACUUGCAAUCUAUCUUAAGAGGGGAAACGGACACUCACAUGCAGAUUCACCUGAAAUAAAGCAAGAUGACGUUCAGUAUGCAGAGAUAACUCACAUUAAACCAGCAGAAAACCAGGAGGAGCGAAGAGGUAUAACAGGACUGGAGUCACUUAGAGACAACCCUGACCUGACGUUAGUUUAUUAUACACUCCAGUAACAUCACAUGGCUGCCAGCGAGGAUGUUGACACUGCAUGAAGUAGAGAGAGAACAGGAAGUUAAUGAGAGGGUGACAUGAUAAUCCACAUCCAAGAGACGGCGUUACAUCUUAGUGGACUUUGAGACAAGAUUAUAGUAAAUAUUCAUCUCAAACUUUUGCACAGUUGUCCCUGGAGAAAAUUCCCAUUUGACCAUUGUGCUGUUAUCAUUUCAAACCUCCUUUGUUGUUCAUUCUCAGUCUCUUGUUGAAUUGGGGCCUUGAUGAGAUUCACUGAUGCAGACAAAUUAAAUAUACCUCGGGUUAUUAGUAGGGUGAUCCCUCUUUUCAAGUGCCCAUUGUCCCAAUGUGUAGAUCAAAACAAAUGGAACCUCUAUUAUUACAAUUCACUAGCGUGUUUGCUACGCUACAGCUGGGCCGAAACUUUUUUCAGUAUUGUCUGUUCUGUUGUUUAAAUGUAGGUGCCUCCCCUGUAUCUUUUUAUAGCUGGUCAUUGUUUAGCUUGCCAGUGGAUAGCAGCUGUGUACAAAAAAAGCAGAUGUUUGGUGAGAUAAAGCCGCCUACUCCUCAGCACAAUGGCUAUUGGGCUACGUUGGAAACCACCAUAUAUAUUAUGUUGAAACAUUUCUGAGUGGUAGAUCUUGAUUUGCCUUUUGUCUCAGAAAGUGAUCUUUGGUGAGAUUUUACUGUUAUUGCUUUUCACAAAAUGCAGACAUGAUUAAGUGUAGUUCAGAUCUUGCUUUGACUACAACUGUGUUCAUGCAGUUUGAAUGUACGAAAGUCAGAGUUUAGUUUAUUAAGAAGGACAUUUUAUUGCUUGUCCUUAUCUAGGUACACAGUAUGUAGCUCACGAUCUCUUAAAAAUACAAUCACUCCCUCCUGCUGACUCCCCUAUUAGAGCAUGUUGUACUCCACCUACAUUAGCCCACAUACAGUAUACAGUGGGGCAAAAAAGUAUUUAGUCAGCCACCAAUUGUGCAAGUUCUCCCACUUAAAAAGAUGAGAGAGACCUGUAAUUUUCAUCAUAGGUACACUUCAACUAUGACAGACAAAAUGAGAAAAGAAAAUCCAGAAAAUCACAUUGUAGGAUUUUCAAUGAAUUUAUUUGCCAACUAUGGUGGAAAAUAAGUAUUUGGUCACCUACAAACAAGCAAGAUUUAUGGCUCUCACAGACCUGUAACUUCUUCUUUAAGAGGCCUCCACUCGUUACCUGUAUUAAUAGCACCUGUUUGAACUUGUUAUCAGUUUAAAAGACACCUGUCCACAACCUCAAACAGUCACAAUCCAAACUCCACUCUGGCCAAGACCAAAGAGCUGUCAAAGGACACCAGAAACAAAAUUGUAGACCUGCACCAGGCUGGGAAGACUGAAUCUGCAAUAGGUAAGCAGCUUGGUUUGAAGAAAUCAACCGUGGGAGCGAUUAUUAGGAAAUGGAAGACAUACAAGACCACUGAUAAUCUCCCUGGAUCUGGGACUCCACGCAAGAUCUCACCCCGUGAGGUCAAAAUGAUCACAAAAACGGUGAGCAAAAAUCCCACAACCACACGGGGGGACCUAGUGAAUGACCUGCAGAGAGCUGGGACCAAAGUAACAAAGCCUACCAUCAGUAACACACUACGCCGCCAGGGACUCAAAUCCUGCAGUGCCAGACGUGUCCCCCUGCUUAAGCCAGUACAUGUCCAGGCCCGUCUGAAGUUUGCUAGAGAGCAUUUGGAUGAUCCAGAAGAAGAUUGGGAGAAUGUCAUAUGGUCAGAUGAAACCAAAAUAUAACUUUUUGGUAAAAACUCAACUUGUCGUGUUUGGAGGACAAAGAAUGCUGAGUUGCAUCCAAAGACAACCAUACCUACUGUGAAGCAUGGGGGUGGAAACAUCAUGCUUUGGUGCUGUUUUUCUGCAAAGGGACCAGGACGACUGAUCCAUGUAAAGGAAAGAAUGAAUGGGGCCAUGUAUUGUGAGAUUUUGAGUGAAAACCUCAGCAAGGGCAUUGAAGAUGAAAUGUGGCUGGGUCUUUCAGCAUGACAAUGAUCCCGGGCAUUGAAGGAGUGGCUUCGUAAGAAGCAUUUCAAGGUCAUGGAGGGGCCUAGCCAGUCUCCAGAUCUCAACCCCAUAGAAAAUCUUUGGAGUGAGUUGAAAGUCCGUGUUGCCCAGCAACAGCCCCAAAACAUCACUGCUCUAGAGGAGAUCUGCAUGGAGGAAUGGGACAAAAUACCAGCAACAGUGUGUGAAAACCUUGUGAAGACUUACAGAAAAUGUUUCAGAGGAGCUAGCCAUCAAUACAGCUAACACAAUUACUUCCAUCUGAAACUGGAAAGACUGCAAACUAACUUUGUUUUACCUUUUUUCAAUUGACAUUUCUUUGUAUAUAUCCAUAAAAAUGAUGCCAGCUGAUUCAUGAUUUUGACAGGCUGAGAAACUCUGCCUAAUUCUCUCUCUCGUCCCAACUCCCGACCCCUACACAUUCAUUACUAUGGGACAGUUGGAGAUCAAAUCUGAAUAUUGAAAAAAUAUUGCAUAUGUUCGAGAGACAGACAACAAGGUUUAUACAAAUCUCCGCUGUUGAUAACUAAAUGUUAGUCUAAAAGAAAUGUGAGAUAAUGUCUAGAUGCUUUUUGUAGUGGAGAUCAAGUUUAUAAAUUGCUUGGCUGAUGAGACAGUGGAUUGCGCAGUCAAAUGGAACAGAGUAAAUAGGCAUUUUAACGUCAUAGAUUUAUCCAGAGGAAACCUGUGGAAUAGACACCGGCUGGAAUAUGCAUUUAACCAAUCAGCAUUCAGGAUUAGACCCCCGUUGUACAAUAUGUCCUGUUUCAUGUUUUGAGUGGAUCCCAGGAAGAGUAGCAGCUGCUUUUGCAACAGCUAAUGGGGAUCCUAAUAAAUGACCAAAUGCCAAAUGUAGCCUACUGCCAGCGUCAAAUUAGGAGGGAACACUGUAAUUGUUUGGGUGGUUUUCAAGUGUAUUUCUCUAUUUAUUUAGUUUAAGUGUAUUUGGGACGUUUUGUCCUGUGUAUUUGGGACAUUUUGUCCUGUUACUUUUAAUGCCAGGCAGCUGUACAUUUCUAACAUUAAAAUAUUGACUAAUCCUAAUGUUUUUUUCUUCUAAUGUAUUUUCCACAUAUAGUGGUUUAACAUUUUUAUAUUUCAGUAU